AUGAAAGAAGCGACUGAAGACAAGCUGUCGGUACAAAUGGAAGCAAUCUCCAAUGUUUUCGAGAGCUUCAAAGACAUCGACCCACUACGCCAGAUCAGCAAGGAACUUUUGCAAGAGCAGUAUGUUAUGCUUGCGCAGUGGGCAACUUGCUACUUUGACGUAGUUGGUGUAGACUCCAUGGAUCUGUGGGCAAUACUCUGUAAGGUAAAGUUAUAGACGAAGCAUGCACGAGAAAUUUGGGAACUGAUUGAGCCGUGUCUCUGCUGUACAUAUACGGCAAUUCAGUCUGCGAGUCGGUCAUCUCAUACCUGCGUGUAGUUAAGACUGACUAGCACAACAAGUUGAACGAAAGCAACUUGACUGAUUUGAUGCGAAUUAAAGUGACAGGUCCAACCCUCCAUGUUUUACAUGAGCAUUUCUGUGAGCUUGCUGUGGACCUCUGGAACAGUGACAAAUCACGGAGGAAAAUCCAAGAAAGACGAAAACAGUAUCCACCAAGAGAAAGCGCAUCAAAGAGGACAAGAGAGGGAGGAAUUCAUAAGGGAUUGGCUGAAAGACGUUGGAGCUGAGGACGAAGAAGAAGAAUCUAAGAGUGAUGGAGAA